AUGUCCUCGUCGCAUCUUCCGCCAGAAGUGAUACUUCUCCCAAAGAAAUUUGCCACAUCGACAGAUCUCGACAAUAUAGCCAGCCGCUAUAAAAGCCUACGACUCCAAAGUCUCUUGUCAGACCCAUAUUCAUUCUCAUCAACAUAUGAGCGAGAGUCACAGUUCACUUUGGAUACAUGGCGAUCUAAAGUCCAGAACCCUGUUGCCAAGACAUUCGUCACAGUUGUUGACGGCGAUGACCAGAUAUCAAGCAAAGCUACAUACUCAAAUACCAAUGAGAAUGGUCACUCAGCAGACAAGGAAUUUCAAAGAUUGCUUCAGACUGAAUGGGUUGGUAGUGUCACUCUCCUCGGACCGGAGAUAUGGUGUAAAGAAGAAGAAGAAGAUGAUGAUGCAACAAUUCGACCCUGGGAUCUUUUCACUAAAGCAAAAGCGGCACCUCAAAUGGCCAUACAGCGAUAUGGGUAUUUGAAUUGCCACCUUGUUUAUCUUAUUGCGGGGAUGUUUGUCGCAUCUCAUGUUAGGCGGAAGGGUCACGGUCAUCAGUUGGUGGAAAUCGCAGUUGAUCAUGCACGCAAAGAAGCGAAGGGCCUGAUGUCAUCGAAUGCUAGCAUAGUCCUCCAGACAAGCCAGGGAGCCGCUAGUGCACAAUUGUUUUAUGAGCAGGUGGGAUUUGAAGUGAUGAUGGUCUCGUUACCAUACACAGCGAUGGUACGAGAUAUUGAUCUUCAGAUGACUGAGUAG